AUGUUGACUGAACUAGAUGCUGAGGACGAUACUGAGACUAGCCUCCCACCUGCCACCCGAAGCUACACGGGGGAGGCUAUAGUACUACAUGCGAAAUUCUACUCGUUCGCCCACAAAUAUCUCGUUGAUGAGCUAUCAAGCUUUGCCGUGACUCAGAUGAAGGCCUGUUUCGAGCCUUGUCUAGCAGAACACACCCCAAGCAACUAG